GUAACAGUGCAAGUCAUAUUUACAUCAAGCCCCCGCGCGAUUCUUCCAGGCCACCGAAUGCGCACAGCCUCUGCGCCGAGUCUGUCCAGCGCGCGGUGUAAAACAACCAGCGGCUGGACUACGGCGAAGCUCUGCCACCGGUUGUCGCUGCGCGGCCGCGCCGACGUCACCGCGGCAGCCGCCAAAAUGGCCUCCGGCUACCAACCUGUCGCAAUCAGCGAUAAGGCUAAGGGCACGUUCCUGGGCGUCCCCGAUAUGCCGCUUCUGGGUCUCGGGCUGGCGGCUCUGGGCCGGCCCGGAUACAUCAACCUGGGGCACGGCGCAGACCUGAGCGGCAAGUCGGUGGAGGAGAUGCGGGCCAACUGCGCUGCUGUGCUGACAGCGGCGCGCGACAUGGGCAUACGGUACUAUGACGCGGCGCGCAGCUACGGCCGUGCCGAGGAGUUCCUCUCCUCCUGGCUGCGCGGGCUGCCGCCUGACGCGCUGGGGCGCACGGUAGUGGGCAGCAAGUGGGGCUACUACUACACAGCCGAUUGGCAGGUGGACACAGGCGGCGCGCCGCACGAGGUGAAGGAGCACACAGCGACCAACCUCAUAAAGCAGGCGGGCGAGACGCAGAGCCUGUUGGGCGGCAAGCUGCGACUGUACCAGAUCCAUUCGGCGACACUGGAGAGCGGGGUGCUGGACGCGGCUGACGUGCUGACGGAGCUAGAGAAGCUCAAGAAGGAGCGCGGCUGGAUGAUGGGACUGUCGCUCAGUGGCGUUCAGCAAUCCGCCACGUUGCGUAAGGCCAUGGGCGUGCGCAUGUCGGACGGCGCGCCGCUGUUCGACUGCGUGCAGGCCACCUGGAAUCUACUGGAGCAGUCCGCGGGCGAGGCGCUGGCGGAGGCGCACGCCGCCGGCAUGAGCGUCAUCGUGAAGGAGGGUCUGGCCAACGGCCGCCUCACGCCGCGCAACAGCAGCGCCGCGUUUGCGGCCAAGACGGCAGUCCUGCUGCAGGCGGCGGACAUGUACGGCACGAGUGUGGACGCGCUGUCGCUGGCUGCAGUCAUCGCGCAGCCGUUCCAACCGCUAGUCCUGUCGGGCGCCACCACGGCCGAGCAGCUGGCAUCCAACGCACGAGCGCUGGAGCUGGUGGGGCGGCUAAAGGCGUCUGACCUUGCCGCGCUGCUGGAGCAGCUGCGGCAGCCGGCGGAGGCGUACUGGGCGGAGCGGUCCGCACUAGCCUGGAACUAGGCGGCAGGAGAGUGAUGACGGGUGCUGUGAGGCCGUGGGUGUGACCAGCUGACGUAGGGACGGUGGAAUAGCCGUGUUGGUGCUCUGUGGGGACGGCUGCCGCACGUCAGAGUGCGGAGAACCGCGAUGAAUGCAGAGUGCGGCUGACUGGUGGUGAUGAGCGUGUGAGCGAUUGGCCCUUCCGUGCGGUGUACGGUACGGGGCAUGGGACGCGGCGGAGCUUGGUCAAAAUGGGCUUUAUCAGGAGUCUUACAGGUGCAAGGCGGUGUUGGUGGUGCCUUCCUUCGUUCACCAUACAGUUUGCGUGCUCUCAAGGCAACGCGGCUGGGAUGGCUAAACCUGCUGCCGCAGCAUCCUGGCUCAGCCUGCGAAGUGACACAGGGCGCAAAAAUGAAUGACCCCACUAACUUGCUAGCUCACGACUGU